UUGUAGGUAGUACAAGAACUGAAAAAUAAUUUUUGGUUGCCAGUAUACCUGUAGUCGUUGCACUGAUCAGUCGAUAGUUUUGUGAUAAAUUAUUUCUCAAGUGAAUUAAAUUAUUAACCAUGGGACGUGAUUCUAGAAAGGUUUCAAGAGAACUUCGGAGUUCUGAAAAAAUUAAUAAGUCGCGUUCAGUCAAAAGAAAGAAUGUUUUUAAUCCGAAAACAGCCGAACGUGAUGAAAGUAUUCAGAGUACAUCUUCUAAAAAAUUAAAACAAAACACUGAAGAUGAUGUACCUGAAGACAGCAGUACUGAAUUUCGAAUAAUAAAUUUUAUUCAGGUAUUCACUGCAAUUUCUGCUCUUAUAAAAUGUAAAAAAUGUGAUGGAAAUGUAGUGUUUCAAACAGCAAGUACACGUGGGCUGGGAUUCAAAAUUGUAGUUGCAUGUAAUAACUGUGGAAAUGAAUAUAUUCCUUCCUGUUCUUUCGUUGGGCAUUCUUAUGAAAUAAACAGACGUUUCAUUUUUGUAAUGAGAAUACUAGGAAUAGGAUACGAAGGAUUGUGCAAGUUUUGCGGCCUGAUGGACAUGCCGUCUUUUUUAGAUAAAUCUACGCAUACAAUUUUACUGAAACAGAUUUUGAAUUGUAGUAAAGCCGUCGCAGAAACCUUCAUGACGAAAGCUGUGAAUGAAGAAAAGCAAGCAAUGCCAACAACUGAAAAUGAAGAUAUAAAUCAUCUAACUGUAUCGGGAGAUGGAACCUGGCAAAAACGGGGAUAUACAUCGUCAUUUGGAGUUUCUUCUAUAAUUGGCUAUUUUACUGGAAAGAUUCUUGACAUAAACAUUAAAAGUGCAUAUUGUAAGCUAUGUGAGUAUUGGAAAAAAAAAACAAAUACUGUUGAGUUCGAGGAAUGGUAUCAAUCGCAUGAAGAUGUGUGUUCUGCUAAUCAUCAAGGGUCUUCUGGGAAAAUGGAGGUGGAUGCGAUGGUCGAAAUGUUUUCGUAUUCUGAAACUAAAUAUGGAGUUAAGUAUGCCAACUAUAUUGGUGAUGGUGACUCCAAGACCUAUUCAGGAAUUAUAAAAUCAGAUCCUUACGAAAAUACAACUGUAAAUAAAAAGGAAUGUAUAGGGCAUGUCCAAAAGCGGAUGGGGAGUCGAUUACGUACGCUGAAGAGUAAACAAAAAGGUCUUGGUGGUCGAGGUAAGCUCACAGGAAAAUUAAUAGACAAACUAACUGUGUACUAUGGUUUAGCAAUACGCCGGCAUUGUGAUUCUAUUGAAAAUAUGAAAUCUGCUAUAAUGGCAACCUUUUAUCACUACGGCUCGAGUGAUGAAAAACCGAAUCAUGAUAUGUGUCCAAAAGGCGAAGAAUCUUGGUGCUCUUACCAGCGCGCUGAAGCAAGAGGAGAGCUUGAUACCUUUUCUCACGAUUAUUCUCCUUUACCUUCUGAUGUUUUAAAAGCUAUCAAGCCUAUAUACGAAGAUCUUAGUAAUGAAAAUUUACUUUCAAGAUGUGUAGGUGGAUUCAAUCAGAAUAAUAAUGAAAGCUUUAACCAACUAGUAUGGAAAAUAUGUCCAAAAACGGUAAAUACUAGUUUUACUAUCGUACAAAUAGCUGCAUACGUUGCUAUGUGUAUAUUUAAUGAGGGUAUAAAUUCAUUAUUAGUCUUGAUGAAUACACUAGGACUUAAUUGUGGGCCUAAUUCUCAUCGGUAUGCAGAAAGAAUGGAUGCUGCACGUAUCAAAGUAGCAGAUAAGCGCGCUAAUGAUAACACCCGAGAAGGUCGAUUGCAACGUAGGCACCAGCAAAUCGAUAUUUUGGAAGCUGCUAUGUCGGCUGAAGAGCUAUUAUAUGGUCCAGGAAUAGAUGACUCAGUAUGAAUCUCCAAGGACUUAUGAUGAUCACCGCAAAGGACUUCGGGAGGAACGGGCUCUACAAAAACAGCGAUAACUUUUUGAAUUAUUAAUUUUUUUUUUUGAAAUUUUCGUGAAGUCAAAUCGAAACGUGUUCUAAUAAAGCUAUGUUUUUAUUUUUGUCAAAUAAAGUAAUU